UGCAAAAUUAUGUCAACUUCAAUGUCUGCUCCCCAGGAGUUCUUGUGAAACUGGACCUUUUAUCUAAACACAGAAGUUAACAGACUAUAAUUAUACUGAAAGUAUAUAUGGGAUAUAUUUAUGAUAUGUGCCUGCUCAGUUCCCUCAAAAGUUAGAGCAUAAAACUUGUAAGCAGCAGUUCAAAUCCCAGUCAGUGAUGGGCAAUCAUGGAAAAUGUGGCAUCCCAGGAAAAUUUAUCAGAACUCUUGAGCAGGCAACUGGACGAAAUAGGCUUCAGUCCGAAAAGAAUUCAGGAAAGAACCAGUUUAAUUAAAAAAUUAUCUGAAGCUAAAGACAUUUCAACGAAAAAGCUCUUAAACAGAGAUGACAUUGAAAAAAUAUUUGUUGGAAGUCAACGUGAAGGCACUGGGUUAAAUCACUGUAAUGAUCUGGAUGUUCUUCAAAUAAACCAUGGUGUUUUCUGUCUAAUCAAUGGACACCCCUUGAAUACAGAAAAUGGCAAAGUAAUUUUUCAGGCAGUUCAAAAGAACAUCCCCUAUGGAUAUGUCCUUCUAAAACUCCAAAGUGAAGGUAAAAGCGAAACUUUUCAGCAACAUAAAUAUGCUCUGGUUGAAAAAAAUGAGGAAAAGUAUCUUUCAAGUAGAAUCUUUAUGACCAGAAACAAAGAUAUUUGUCAGACUAGGGCUGGAUGGUUGGCAGAAAAUACAAAUUAUCAACCUCAAGAAGGCCCCUCCAUACCAAAAAACACAGUUCAAAACCCCAUUGAAUCUUUCAUACUGUCAUGUCUGAAUCUGAAAACGAAAAAAACUGAUGUUGUUUGUGCAUUGCCAUGUGGAGCAAAUCCAAUUCUUGAGGAAUGGAGCAAACGAAAGCGGAAAAGUGGCUGGCCCUGCCGGAAAACUAUAACUCAUGUCUUGGGACUACCAGCCUAUGUAGUACCAGUUGGUCUGCGGGGAAGCAAGGAUGAAGAUCUUCAAUGGAGAGUCUGUUUCACCAAAGCUGAGAUAUAUCUCAUUGAAGAUUUCAAUAUCGUCCAAACAAAGGUUUUUAUCAUACUGAAGCUCAUAGCAAAGUAUGUUUUACAACCAAUCAGCGAUGACAUAAGUUCAUAUGUGGUAAAAAAUGUCAUGUUGUGGAUGUCAGAGAAAAUCCCGCAGAGAAAAUUUUGUCAGGACAAUCUAGUGGCAAGACUUGGUGAUGCUAUUAAGUAUUUGAAAAAAGCUGUAAAGGAAAACCAUCUGCCAAACUACAUGAUUCCAGAAAGAAAUCUGUUUGAAGGAAAACUGAAAGGCAAUGAGAAAGCACUUCUCAUGGACAAACUAAACUCUCUACUUGAAAAUGGCGAAAUAGAACUCAAAAAGUACAUGGACAAACCAGAUCAACUAUCUGAGGAAUUGGAACAGGUCCUUUCUACUUACAGAAUAGCAAAGGAAAUUGAAACAGAUCAGAUGAAAAUACUGGCAUCCUUCACAAAAAAGCAGCUUGUGGAAAAAUACAUUCAAAUGUUUUCCUAUGAGUCACAUGGUAGUACAUGCCAUAACAUUCUGUUCACUGACAGUGCAGUCCCAUUUUCGAAGUUUUAUAGCAGAGAGUGGUUUUCAGAGUCAGUCAAUGUUCAAAGUAGUAACUACAGAAAACUUCUUGAACAAAGUCUUGUAAGAGGUUUCAGGAACUGCAAGUUUGAUACUGCGAACAGUCCAAAAACUGCCAUAUACAGUCUAACCUGUACUAACGGUCACCUCCGAUCAGUGGUCACCUCCGUUCAGCGGCCAUUUUAUGACGCCCCCGACGGAUUUUCCUCUAUUUUAUCACUUUAUUCAGCGGCCACCUGCCGUCCGCGGCCAGCGGCCACCGAAAUUGCCUCCCGACCGCCGUAUUUGACCCCUUUCAGCGGCCAUUUUUCUUCCAAAACCAAUUAUUUUUAGGCAAUAAUCGCCGAAGAUACCCGAUUUUGAGAAGCACGUGGUUGCUAAGUUUCGCGGGACUUCACCACAGGAACGACAAAAUGACAUGAGCUUCUCAAUUAAAACUGAUAACCAAAGGUGUAAUCCCCUUUUGUUAUGAUCAAAUGGCCAGUAAUUAUCGGUAAUUAGCGUGUCACCUCGUGUCAAUUUUGUUGUUCACAGUUUGACCUCGGUUAAAGAUAAUACUCGAUAACUAAUUAGUAGCAUAAUAUUUGUGAUUUUUUUUUAUACUUCUGUCAUCAAAAUACUAUUAAAUUUAUACGAAAUUAAUUGUGUUUGAAAAAAAAAUAAACCACUCUAUCUUUUACGGAACGUAACGGCAAUCUUAGAUUUAGCGUAGACAAUAAGCGCCGAGAGUAGCUUCCCUUAC